CAGAGCAAAGACUCAAGUCACAGAGGAAGAUGAAGGGCCUCUACCAGGCUGCUGGCUGGACCCUGCUUGCUCUAGGGAGCCUCAGCGUCUUCUCAGGAGUCCUUGCCUUCUUCCCGGUCUUUUCCUGCAAGUUUUGGUAUGCAGGAUGGAGCGUUUGGAUUGCCUGUCCCAUCUGGAACGGGGCUGUGGCCAUCACAGCUGGGGCACUUGUACUGCUUGCUCACAGACAGUGGAGCCAGAGAUACUUGUGGGAAGCUGGCUUCACCUUUGUAAUUCUGAGCAUUAUGGGAUGUCCCCUUCAUUUUGCAAUAGCCUUGGAAUCUGCCCUCCUCGGUCCAUAUUGCUUCUACUCCCUCUCAGGGGUUGGAGGGACCGGUUAUCUUGGUUAUGCAGUUACCUUUCCUUUCCCAUACACAAAGUUUCCAUCCGUCUGCGUGGAUCCACUCCACUAUGAAGAGUAUCACCUGACACUUCAAGCCCUGGACCUGUGCCUGAGCUUCAUCCUGUUCUGUGUGUCCCUGGGAGUGUUCAUCAAGCUUUCUGCCAGACUCAUGCAGAACGGACACCUAAGUGUAAGAUUUCAACAGAGGGAGGCUGGACUUGCUCAGUCCUGAAUGGUGAAGAGGAAGACUGAUGGGAUUCCUUAAGAGUUCUCACUCUGUCUGCUGCAUGGCAACCAGGGCCCAGCAUGUUACAUAUACUCAAUAAUUGACUUGGGAUGAACGGGGAGGGUGUUCAGGGACUAACUCGUUCAUCCCCCAAUAGUAGGCCCCACUUGCCAAUUUUUAUCUCAACCUGGAAUUUUAAAAUUGAAUAAGACAAUGGUACAUACAUACUCUUACCUCUUCAGUAUAUCUCUCUUUUUAGUUCCCCUUUGACUGUCAUGGCUGUGUAUGUGUGUGUGUGUGUGUGUGUGUGUGUGUGUGUGUGUGUGUGAAUGAGUGUGUGUGUGUACAUAUAUAUGGUAUAUAUAUGUACAUGCAUGAGCUCAGUUGGCCCCAUGGGGAUCUCUGAGGUUUCCUUGAAAUCACGGUUGAGGGGACGUUUACUGGAAUGUGAGCAGCUAACCAGUGGCUACACUACCGAAGGAAACAUCUCCCCUUGCUCCAGCAAUCAUUAACUGCCAGGAGCUCCCCUGGAAGGGGUGGGGCCUCCUGAGGGUCUCCCCAGUCCUCUCCAUGACAGAGUGUUGGCUGAUCCAGUCUUAUGAACAGGUCUUAGGUCUUGUUCAGGUAACAACAGUGGCUGUGAGUUCAUGCGUUCACUGGCCACGUUGUGUCUGGAAGCAUUUCACAGCCUGCCUCCUGGUCCUCCAGCUCUUACAUUCUCCCUAACCUCACCUCUGCGAUUGUCACACUCAGCACUUUGAGUAGUUGUGAGCCUGCAGUAACCACCAUCCUCUACAAAGAGAGUGGUUUUGGGUCUCCAGGAGUAAAUCCUAUGUGAGUGUGCAUGUGUGCAUUGGGGGCGUACUGCCCAUGUUUGCAUGUGGAAACCUAAGGAAGCUGUCAAGUGGCUCUCUCUAUUGCUCUCGUCCUUACUCCUUUGAGACAGGAUCUCUCACUGACCCGGAAACUAACCUAUUGUGCUAGGCUGACCAGCGAAUUCUUGGGAUCUACCUGUCUCCACCCAGCUCUUCUGUGGGUGCGCAUGUUCCCAGGCUUGACAGUAAGUGCUCUUGUCCCUUACUGUCCCUUAAGCAGUAAGUCUUAAGUGUUCUCACCAUGCAAAUACAUGCUACAAACUCACACAGCAACAUGUGAGCUGACUGACAACAGAUUUGCUAAUUUGAUUGUGGAAAGACAUUUGCUGACACAUUGUGUUGUACAACCUCAAUUUAGAUAGUAUUACUUACCAGGUUAGCGUCAGUAAAUCUGAGAAAAGUCCGUUUCUUACUUACAGAAGAGGCUUUGUGCCCACCCCGUUCUGCACAGGGUGGAAGAGCAGGAUGGGCAUUUCUUCUGGGAAAAUGUGUAUUAAAAUAAACUAACCUUAAAUGUCAAACUUUAAAAAAA